UGCAGAGUAUCUGCGCACUCGCGUUGAGCAGCAGCCAGUUUGCUCGACGGAUCCGCCAAUCAUCGCCGCUGAGCUCAGCGCGGACGAUCUCGCCGCUGACACGGUGUGUGCGCCGGGCAUGGCGCGGCUCCCGUGGCUUAUCGUGGCCCUGUGCGCCGCCGUCUCGUGCCGGUGGCAGUCUUCGCGCAAGCACCAGACGGGAAGCGGCUGCGGGUUUCAGAGCUGCCCCGAGAUGUCCCGUGACUACCUGAACGUGCACAUCAUCUGCCACAGCCACUUGGACGCCGGCUGGUUGGAUACCGUCGGCAAUCUUUUCACAUCUAGUGUGCAGCACAUCUACACGUCCGUGCGGGACAGCCUGAUGAAGUACCCGCAGCGCAGGUUCGUCAGCGCCGAGAACGUCUUCUUCAGCCGGUGGAUGGCGCUGCAGAAGGCGCACCAGGCCAAGGAGUCCGUGCACGAGCUCGUUCGGGCAGGCAGGCUUCAGUUCGUGGGCGGCGGUUGGACGCAAAACGACGAAGCGGUCACCCACUACACGGCCAUCGUGGACCAGAUGACGAUGGGACUGCGCUACCUGAACGACACGUUCGGCGAGUGCGGGGGCGUCAAGGUGGGCUGGCAGAUCGACCCCUUCGGUCACUCCAAGGGAUUCGCCACGCUGCUCGCCGAGAUGGGCUACGACUGUCUGGUGGUGAGCAGGAUACACCAUGCGCUGUUAAAACAUUGGCGGGACACCAAGAGGCUCGAGUUUGUCUGGAAGCCCCAGGCAGAGCUCGGCUCGAGUCACGACAUGUUCACCAUUCUAAUGUACAGUGGCACCUACGUCGCACCGUCAGAGUUCUGCGUGCAGGACUACUACUGCUCCGUGUACGACAGCCAGUCCGGCGUGGCUCGGAUGGCGGAAGAUGUACUUCAGCUGGUCUUCAAACAGAGCGCUGCGUUGGCCACCAACAACGUCGCCAUCUACAUCGGCGGCGACUUGGCCUUCCAGAACGCGGAGCGCUGGUUCAACCAGGUGGACGCCAGCAUCAAGGCAGUCAACGACGUGGCCCGCAGGAAGGGCCACCGCGUGCACGCCGCGUACUCGACGCCGCUGUGCUACCUGGGGGCGCUGCACGCGUCCAACCGGUCGUGGCCCGUGCACCGCGGGGACCUGCUUCCCUACGCCGACAUCGCGGGCCGCACGUGGGUCGGCUACUACUCGAGUCGGCCGAACCUCAAGGAGUACGCCCGCUACGCCAACGGCUUCCUCCAGGCGUGCAAGCAGCUGGCUGUGCUGGGUGGAAUGAAGGACGUAUCCCAGACGAUGAGGCUCAAGGACGCCGUGGCCAUUUUGCAGCACCAUGAUGCCAUCACGGGAACCUCCAAGGCGGCCGUGGCGAGCGACUACAGCAGGCUGCUGUCCGCCGGCAUCGCCAAGUGCGAGACGGCGAUGAGCCGCGCCCUGAACCAGCUGCUGGACCCGAGCGGGGCGGCGGGCGACCUGCCGUGGCGCUUCUGCCACGCGCUGAACGUGAGCGAGUGCGGCCACUCGGAGAAGCUCGACCUGGCCGAGACGGACGGCGAGUUCACGCUGCUGCUGUACAACCCGUCGUCCACGGCCCUGGGCACGUACGCCAGGCUGCCCGUGGCCGCCGGCCUCACCUUCACCGUCCAAGGCCCGCAAGGGGACGAGGUGGACACGCAGGCGGUGCCCCUCAUCAUGACCCUGCUGAACAUCCCCGAGCGCAGCAGCGCCGCCAGGACCGAGCUCGCCUUUCCCGUGCAGUUGCCGCCGCUGGGAUACGCGGCGUACCGCGUCACUGCGCAAAAGAAGAAAGAGGAGAUGCAUUUCGCUUCGGCAUCGUUGGAAUUCCUGCUGCUGGAGCCCGAGCAGCGGUUCAUCGAGAACGAGCGCUACCGCAUCGAGCUGGACACGACCAGCGGCCUGGUGCGACGCGUCACGUUGCUGGGCCAGGAGAGCGGCGUGUCGCUGCGCCAGUCGUUCUACGCCUACGCGGUGGACGGCACGCGGAGGCAGACGGUGGCCACGGCGGGCGGCGCGUACACCUUCGACCCGGACACCAACCGGCCCGCGGACCUGGGGAACAAGGUCACCUACCGGGUGGUGCAGGGGCCACACGUGACGGAGGUGCAUCAGAUCUUCGAUCAAUGGCUGUCGCAGGUUAUCCGCCUCUACAAGAACAGCCAAUUCAUCGAGUUCGAGUGGAUUAUCGGACCACUACCGACAGGGGCGAGCACGGACGUGACGACGCGCUACGAGACGUCUCUGGACAACGGCGGCGUCUUCUUCACCGACUCCAACGGAAUGUUCACCGUCACGCGAAGAGUGAACGACUCUUUGGAUCCCGCGUCGGUGGCUUCCAACUACUACCCGGUCGUCUCGUGGAUUUACAUAAAGAACCACGCCGAGGAGCUGCAGAUGACGGUCAUCCCGGACCGUCCUCAAGGUGGCACCAGCUUCGUCCAGGGCACCAUUGAACUCAUGCUGCACAGGCGGUACUUCAUCGACGACGAGCUGGGCGUCGAAGAGCCGCUGAACGAUCGCGGGGUCAACGACGACGGCAUCAUCGUCAAGGGACGGCACAGGCUGCACCUGGGAACGCCCAAGGAGGCAGCCGACCUGAUGCGAAGAGCAGCCCUGCAGGAAGUGUAUCGGCCCGUGUACAUGUUCUACCCUUCGCCGCUGCCGGCUAACGCCAGAAAAGAGCACUCGGAGCUGCGCGUUCCCCUGCCCCCUGGUGGACACUUGAUGACCCUGGAAGGCACCCAGGACAACCGGACUCUGAUCCGCAUCGAGAACAUCGGCCGGGACCUCACCAUCAACGUGUCCGUCACGCACCUGCUCCACUCGUUCCUGCUGCUGGACGGCCGCGAGACGGCGCUGUCGGCGCACCGGUACCGCAGCGAGGUGCAGCGGCGCCCGUGGCCGCAGGCGGGAGGGGAGCACGCGGCGAGCCCGGACGAGUCGGCGUACCGCAUGAAGCAGGUGCACGGAAACUUGCUGGUCAGCCUGCAGCCGGGACAGAUUCGCACGUUCCUGACGACGCUCAAGGCGUUCAGCGUGCCGUCCGCCUUCCGGGCGGGCCUAUGACGUAGAGCGAGCGUUCCACCAUGCACGCGAGCUGUCCGCAAAAUCUGGUCAUUUGCAAAGACACGUGUCGGCAAUGCAGAUGUCAUCGCGGCAAUGUUUGGUCACGCGUAGACUUCGCUAAAGGGCGCCUUCGGUUAUAAUUUCUGUUCCACAGACGACAAAAAGACGGCUGGUAGUCGCCCAAUUACAGUCCGGUCAGUGCACCAGUUUUUGAAGCACCAUUGGCGGCAUAGGGUGUUUCAGUAAUUAUGGCCGUGAUGAACCUCAAAAGCCCUUCCCGCUCAUCGUUCUCAGAUUACUCUGUGCAGAUUUAGGUGACGCGUAUGCUCGCAAGAGAGUCAGACAGCUGGAACCAAUGUGGAGGGGAACCAGCGCGUGUACACGCCAACGGGUCAGCCGUGGUGCACUUUGCAGGAGGCACAUUUAUCCAUGCAGGAACCAGUCACGAAUUACGAUAGACUGCACAUACAUGCGUCGAAGCUACGUAACCUUAUUCGAAGGCGGCGCUGCAGGCUGAAAAUAAAUAAAGAAGUCGUCGUGUAUACAGCGAUACCUCGUGCGUUUUCUGUGAGUCUUCAUUACUGCAGAGACGAUUUUAUUUAGUGUACAUACAGUCAGUCAUAUGUCGCAUUCCUUUCAUAAAAAUAAUUUAAUCACCGGCUCGAAGCACGUGCAGACGUUAUAAUUAUUGGCGCUGUUACCAGGUCGAACAUUGUAGUGUUUCCAGCAAAGUGAUCGCGCGUAUGGAACACUGCGCAGACGGAAGUGAAAUGCGGUCACAUUGUGUGAGCAGAGGGCUUUAUGCACCCGUGUCCCUGUUUUUCCUUUCCUUGCCUUUAAUUGUAUCUCUCGCUCUUGGCACUGCUGGAUGUAACUGGCAGCCCCCUCCGAAGUUAUACGGGGGGGAAUGGAGAACGAGAGUGUCAUAGUAGCAGAGUUCUGUUACCCAUCUUAUGUGAGGUUUCUCUUGAGUUGCCUCUCGCUUAUCACUUAGAAUUUUAUUGUCGCUAAAACCUUACUGCACCAUUGUUGGCACAGACGUGCACGGUCUCUAAUUCAUACUAAUUCAUACAUAGGAGAUUAAGGCUAUUUUUCAUGGUAGUUGCACUGAAUGUUCGAUGAUAGUUGGACAGUAUGAAACGUGCUGAACAAUCUUGAACUACUUCGAGCUUAUUAAGUGUUAACCAGUCGGGAUCCCAAAAAGUUGAAGCAUAUUCAGGCACAGGACGGACGUAAGUAAUAUAUAACUGUUUCUUUAAUGACGAUGGUGCAAGGGUAGGUUUAGUUUUAGGCAACCGAACAUACGACUGGAUUUGGACAUUACGUGGUUGACAUUAUAAGUACAUUGUAUAUAGUAAUGUGUACACCAAUAUACUUAUGAGACCGUAAAGAUUCAAUCGGGAUUGCAUUCAAAGAAUACAAGUGGAUAGGGAAAGGUGUGAAAACAAAUUAAACACUUCAUGGAUAUAAACUUUAAAAGAGCUCUACAACCACCUAAGACCCCCUACUUUAAAAAAAAUUCUGCGGCGAUUUAGCGGUACAUGCGAGAGAAAUGCGUUAGCAUUACGUAUGAAACGGUGUUUGUGUUUCGCCAUAAAACAUUCUGGAAGGAUGAAGUUGUGAACAUAAAUCGUGCACGGUAUUACACGUUGUAUGGGAUGGAAAUAAACACAAUUGUACAUUGGC